ACCAAACCACACUUUCGUUCUUCACACAGGUUUGGCGCUGAGCAGCCAGUGAUGUGAUGAAAUGAAGAUAGACGAGAAGGUUGUGUCCUAUUUUGAAUCCAGCAAUUCACCAGUGGACAAAGCAGGCUAUCUCUAUAAGAAGGGUGAUAUCAGGCCUUCCUAUCACAAGCGCUGGUUUGUUCUGAAGGGGAACCUCCUUUUCUACAAGGACCAUCCGGAUGACCGUGACCUCAUCGGAGUCAUUGUUCUGGAGGGCUGCACCGUUCAGCUGUGCGAAUCGGAGGAGCAGUUUGCCUUUUCUUUGGUGUGGAGCGAGCUGGGCCUGCGUCCUUACAAGUUUGCCGCUGAGGACCAGGCCAGCCAGGAGAGCUGGAUCAAGGCCCUACUUUCGGCUAACCACGGCUACUUAUCUCUGCUUGUGAUGGACCUGGAGAAGAAGUACAAAGAAACAUUAGAGGCAUUGUUCAGUGACCCAGCAAACAGCGGCGCAGCCAUCCCGAAUGUCGGAUGUCAACGAAGCCCGCAGUUGUCCACGUUGAGCCGGCAUCCAGCAGGAGCUGCAGGCCCCACCGCGAUCCCCGUCCCGACACUCCAAACUCCAACUGUUCCCUUGAAAACCACAGUUAAGAGGUCGCCCAAACUGUGGCCCAAGAGGACAGCCAACGUGACGCCGAUUAACGGGCCGGCUCCGCCCGCUGGGGACUGGUCGGUGGUGUGUUCGGGCACCCGGGAAGAAUUUAGCAAAUUACACGAUGAUUUUGGAAAGGAAGUCAAGGACCUGAUUGCUGAUUGGUCAAGAAACGGACGGGCCGGCCAAGUGACACUCCAGGAAAACUUGAUCGAUUUGAGUAGCUUUGACUGAACUGGUCCGAUCUUCAAAAUCUCAUUUCAAGACUAAUUAGCGCUCUCAACGCAAUGUUAUCAUUACAAAACAUUUAAUCAACUUUUUUUUUUUAAAUAGUAUUUGUUUGAGCAGUUCACCCCAAAGUUAUUCAUACCUCGGAGUAUGGACGUGGAGAUGAUGUUCUCAGCUUUAUGACCCGGAAGUGGUGUCAUUUCUGGAAUACAAGUCAUUUACAGUCAGAGACACUUUUGUUGACAAAAGUGUCAUUCUUCACAUUAAAAAAAAAAAAAAGAACUUCAAGAUGUGUUCUGUAUAGUUGAUAAAAAUGUGAGUAAGUUCAAAGAAAACAAAAAAAUUAUUAAUAUUUAUCAACACAAUUUGGAAAGACUCUUAGUUGAGUUAUUCCCCAAAUAAAAAAUCGUUGACUUUU